CAAACAUGGUUUGGCUAGAAUCCUGUUGGUCUCCAUUUAUUUGGACAAAUUCCGUCAAAUCGGGAAGCUAUGCAGUAGCCGCAUACACCAUUGCCAUCUCCGUCGUGUUGAUAACGAUGACGACAUACAAUCUGCUGGGAGGCGACUCAUCUCAACUAUACUCUCCACUGUUUGAGACCGACAUUCGUGAUUCCAUGCAGGUUGUGGGAGGAUUUUUCAUCUUCUACUUCAUCCUGCUGAUACUGUCUGCGGGAGGAGUUUGCUAUUCAUUGAAAACCACCACCCGUGGUUGGAUGUUGCCAUGGCUGUCGCUGUUUGGAAUCGCUAUACUGUUCCAAUUCGUUUUCGGCCUGUGGUUAAUUGGAGGCUAUUACAUUUACCUGGAGCAAACUCUUUCGAGCCUUAUUCUUUGGGUAUGGAUGGCCUAUAAUAUUUACUGCUGGAUGUGCGUUUACUCACAGUAUCAAAUAUUCGAAAACCUCCAAUCGCCGAACAUCGAGCUUCUAAUGCCUUGAACACCG